GAGAGAGAGAGAGGUCUCUUUACCUCCAGAUGGGUUAAAACCGGUUCGGUCUUCCAGAGCCGCCGUCCGCAGCUCACACCUGCUCUCACCUGCCCACCCCGACCUGCAGGGGGCUGUAUGAUGUAGGAGCCACCACCCCCCGACCCCCAGAGUCCCCACUCUCUGCAUCACUAUCCUUUAACUCCCUCACCCGCACCCACCCACCAGUGUAUCUCUGCCCCCCCACCCACCCAGCGUCCCACCAUGCCGGCGGGGAUGAAACCGCUGGAGAAGUUCCUGAAGAAGCAGACCACGGCGCUGACCCGGGCCGGGGGCUUUGUUGGAGGAGUGGCGGAUAAGGCCAGCGGGGGGACCGGGGCGUCCCGCCGGAGAGCCAGUCUGUCCCGGGUCGUACCGUUCUUCAGGGAGACGUCACCGGAGAGCGGACAGGCCCGAGAGGUGUUCAGCCCCGACAGUGAGGACCCCCCGUCCUGGCCCUCUGCCACAGGGACCGGUCUUGUCACAGCGCCCAGCAGCGCUAACGGCUCCGGCUCCGGUUCUGGAGGAGGAGACAUCCGCAGUCCGUCUCUGUCCAGCGACGAGCAGAGCUCGGAGGCGAGCCUGAUCACAGAGACCAGCAGCGGGGGAGGAGGAGGAGGGGAACAAGGAACAGGAAGAGGAGGCGGAGGAGGAGGAAGAGGAGGAGCUACAGGAUACAGAAACUAUGAAGGUCUGACAGACUUUGUCUACAGUCGGGUGAAGAUAGACAGGAAGGGGGAAAGAGAGGCGUACAAAGGGCCGCAGGUGGGGAUCGAACCUGGGCCGCUGCAGUAA